UUACAGUUUAGAACACAAAAGGGGAUUUGUUUGUUUUAUUAGCUGUUAAAGGUUUUCGGGUUCAGACACAUGAAAGGUGAGGAUUUCAUUGAGAAAAAGAAACAUUUACAGUUUUACAAACACUGAGGAAUAAAGUCCAGGAUAUAUGGACUGUCUCAUAUAUCUAAUUAGCAAUGAUUUUACAAAUAUGUUGGCCAAUAAACAUAAUGACAAGAACACUAAUGCAGUGAGUGUAACUUAUCUUCCUUCAAACUGUUUUUAAACUAUACCAGAUCAGUGUUAGGCUACCAAACUAAGUGUCAACAACUUUGUUCCAGCAGUUUGCAUUUUUCCAAAUAAAUGAAAUGUAUUAAUAUUUUAUCUCAGAGAAUAACUUAUUUUAAAUAAAAUUGAUUUUUUUGAAACGUGGAUCUGCUUUUUCCUUCUCCAUUUAUCUGAUUUUGAAAACAAACCAAUUAAAUAAUAAACUUAAAUGUAUCCUUUACUCCACCAUGCCUCACUUCUCAUAUUCAAAGUGAACUAUGUUGGUCUGUGUUAUAUUCAGUUAUUUUUACAUGCCUGAUGUUUUAAAGUUGAAUAUAUUUAUAUUGCUUUGAAUGUUAAUGUUUGAUGUAUAUUAUCUUAAUUUAAAAAUAAUGGUUAACUUAAUGAAGAUUCUCAUUACUAUAAAAUACUUAACUGAUCUGGUCACACACAACACUGCACAAAUUGAAGACUCAUUAAUAUGCGAUCAAUCUCCUAGCAGAAAAUGUUGAAACACUACAGCAUUCUUAAAAAACUAAAAAGGCCAGACGUCUGUAUUUAUAUGCUCAUAAUAUAUAUUUUUUUAAAUCCCCAAAAUCGAUUUGUGCCGCAAAGAAAAAGUUUACAGUCAUAUCCAAAUAUGAUGUUGCACUCACGUUUCCAUAAAAAAACAUUUAAUACAUUAUUAUGCGCAGAAUUACAGUCAUUAUAUAAUUAACAGCAAAGGUCUACCUAUAAAAGAAUAUGCACACAGCCUUUGUAUAAGUCUGAAAGGAAACUCUCUCUCUCCUGGAUCUAGGCUACCUACAGGCAGAGUCUUGACAGAACUUGAUAAUCAAAGUAAAUCAACUGUAUCUUACAGUUGCACUGCUGAUCCUGCUGCUCCGUUCCCCAAUGCUGCACUCCGGCUCUCCACUUCCACGGGAGCCUCAACUCGCACCUCUCCAACAAGGAGAGUAGUGUUUGUUGAGACUUCCCUGCAACCAAUCCCCGUGCCGUUGCUCUUGGUAACCACGUCCAUCAUCUUUUGAGCUCCAAUGAGAGGCGGGGGCGGGGCGGAGUCCAGGUGCGCCUCGGCGUCCACUUGGCAGAGCGCCUGGGAGCCGCCUGUGGGCAGGAGAGUAUCUGUCAAAUGCAAGGUUCCUUUAAUAAGAGCGACCAGUCCGGCUCCGAGAGUCAUGGCGACCGCAGCGUCUAACCACUACAGCAUCCUCACCUCCAGCGCAUCCAUCGUGCACUCGGAGCCCGGCAGCAUGCAGCAAGCCACAGCGUACCGGGACGCGCAGAGCCUGUUGCAGAGCGACUAUCCGCUGCAGAGCAACAGCCACACGCUCAGCCACGCACACCAGUGGAUCACGGCGCUGUCCCACGGAGAGGGAGCCCCGUGGUCCUCCAGCCCGCUUGGCGCGGAGCAGGACAUCAAACCCGCGGUGCAGGGCUCCCGGGACGAGAUGCACAACUCCAGCAGCAACCUGCAGCACCAGUCUCGGCCACCCCAUCUGGUGCACCAGACGCACGGGAACCACCACGACGGCCGGGCGUGGAGAACCACCACCGCGGCGCACAUACCGAGCAUGGCGACGACGAACGGCCAAAGCCUUAUCUACUCCCAGCCGGGUUUCAGCGUCAACGGGCUAAUCCCGGGUACCGGUCAGGGGAUGCACCACCACAACAUCAGAGACAGUCAUGACGAGCACCACAGCCCGCACCUCAGCGAACACGGUCAUCCGCCGUCCCAGCAUCAGCACCAGCACCGACCGCAGAGCCACCACGACCACUCGGACGAGGAUACGCCGACGUCGGACGACCUGGAGCAGUUUGCCAAGCAGUUUAAACAGCGGAGGAUCAAGUUGGGCUUUACGCAGGCGGACGUGGGACUCGCCCUGGGGACCCUGUACGGAAAUGUAUUUUCCCAAACCACCAUAUGCAGGUUUGAGGCCCUGCAGCUCAGCUUCAAAAACAUGUGCAAGCUGAAGCCUCUGUUGAACAAGUGGUUGGAGGAGGCGGACUCCACCUCGGGCAGCCCUACAAGCCUGGACAAAAUCGCCGCGCAGGGGAGAAAAAGGAAAAAACGGACUUCAAUAGAGGUAAGCGUAAAGGGGGCUUUGGAGAGCCAUUUUUUGAAGAGCCCUAAACCAGCAGCAUCGGAAAUAAUCGGCCUGGCGGACAGUCUCCACCUGGAGAAAGAAGUGGUGAGGGUUUGGUUUUGUAACAGGAGACAGAAGGAGAAACGCAUGACCCCUCCCGGAGCACUGCCAGGGAGUGAGGAUGUGUACGGGGACACUCCGCCGCAUCACGGGGUCCAGACCCCGAUCCAAUGAACUCUGCUGGACCCUCCAGGACAUGCUUCUCCAUUUAUUUAUCCCCAAGGUUAUAUAUAAAUCACUGGACUAUGAGACGCUAUAGUGGGUGCUUUAUGUAUAAUAGAUUGCAGUGAGUACUCACACAGUAUCUGCAGUGAAUAUUUAAGAAAUGGAAAAAGAGUGAGGGGAGGACAGGACAUUUUUCACACCCAGAGCUAAAGGAACAUAAGCCUGUGUUGUGUUCUACGAGGAUACAAGCCCAGCACUGUGACUGUACUCGACGCAGUUUCAAGGUGUAGCCCCUAUUGUGUAUUGAAAUAAUACUUGACGAAAAGGAGGGAGGGGAAGAGGGAUUGUCUACCUGGUUUUAGAGGAAAAGCUUAGCUGAAUGGUUUCCAUUCCCUACUUUUAUAUCGAAUCACAAACAGUUUUUUCUGUGCGUAAAAUGGAAAACAAAUGCAAAGGCGUUUAGUUUUGUAGCUCUAAAUUGUGCGUCCAGCAGUGAUGGGUGGGUGGUUGUUGCAGGGGGUCAAGGGAGCUGCGUUAAUGGAGUAAACUGGAGGCCAGUAAAUGCUGCAGCCCCAGUCCAGUGGAGUCCAGCUGAGGGUGAGCAUCGCCUGAGUCCCAUCUGUCAGCCAGGCAGCACAGAGCCGCGUUACAUUCAGAACACUGCUGGGAAGCUGCAGGCCAUUCAGCUCUUAUUUAUGCUGUGAACACCGAGGUCACGAUUUACUUUUUCAGCACUGAUUAUUGUUGUUAUUUGAUAGUUUUUUGCAGCUCCUUCGUAAAGCUCUUUUAUAUUUGUCCCGAGGGCAGGUAAAUGGUAAAUAAAAGUCCGUCAUAAGUCAAACAGCAGUAUAAACAAACGGUCCAUUCAUAAUCUCACUAAAUAAGCGUUAAAUAAAAGCUCUCCACCCUCACAGAGUCUCCCAGCUGUAGGAAGGGCUCCCUGACGAUUGAUUGGAUUAUCUGGCACUUUUCCACAAUAUGGGCUAUAGAUAUAAAGAAAUCUACAGAAAUAUACGCCAUUUACUCUCACAGAACCUUUGGAUCCACUUUUGUAAAUAUUGUAUAACUUUGAAAGUCAUGGCUUCAUCCAUCUUUAUACUUUCUUCACUGGGGCACUUUUGGAUUGUUGUUUUCAAAAACAAGCAGGUCGAGUUUUUUUUAAAUCAAGUCUCAUUCACAUCCUACCUACUGCCUUGUGACUGUGUUCUAUUUAAUGCUCAUUUUGCUGCCGAAAUUAUGCUCGAUUACGUGUUAUUAUUAUGUUUUAUUAUUAUUUGUGGCGCGUUUUAUUAUGAGUCUAAUUAUUACCAUUAAUGCGAAAUCAAUUUCGAAUUUUUAAAUUGUCCAAGGAGUUUUUUUGAUAUACAAUUUGAUCCCCGUCCUGAAAUUACACAAGAUUGUUUUUCCAAUCAAAACAUAGUGCUUUAAGAACUUCAUUCAGACUAAUCACUGUUGUCGAGAAUUGUCCUUAGUAAAUCAGAUACGGAUAAGCAACAUUCAAAAAGAACAAAAGUAAAUUAUAAGGCCUUUUUAUUUUUUCCCAAAAACACAUUUUAGUGACAUUCCAAAAUCGCAGCAUAUGAUCAAAAUUAUUAUUGUUAUUAUGAUUAUUAUUAUUGUUAUUAUUAUUAUUUGUAUUAUUUACAAGGUGGUUUUUUUUGUGUUUCUAGGGUCGUUGCCAUGCAUUUCAUUUCAGCCAUUUUAUCCAUCUUCAUUAAUGUUGCUUUAUUCUGGGGAAAACUGCUGGUAGACAUUUUAUUUUAUUUUUAGUAUUGUUAAUGAGAUUGUAAUUUAUUAUACAAUGGCUUUUAUAGAUGACACAGAGGGUGAGAUAUAUAUGAAAUGAAACCGAGGUUUUCUUUUGAAUAAUUAUUAUUUUUAGGGAAGUAAAGAGACAUAUUUUUAUUUUUCAGCGGGAUUGCCACAGCCUGGACCGUCACAGCUAUACAUGUAUAUACAUCUUUUCCUACAAAAGCUUGUUUUUCGUUUUCAUGCAACAACAAAAAAAGUCAAAUAUCCAGGGAUUUGGUUUAUGUUUUUCCUCUCAUGUGGAAACUGUUUUUUCUUUUCUUUUUUUUUUGCCCUCGUGAUUUGUGUUUCUCUUGCAGAAAACAAUAAGCAGAAAAGAUCUUGGCAGUGAAAUCUUUCCUCAGUAGCUUUAAUGAAUCGAUCCAACUCAUAAUUCACUGGAAAUUCAAGUUGUGGGAUGUAGACCUGUAGCAAUCCGACGCUGUUUUCUUGUUGUUUUCUUUUAUUGCUUGUUAAAGCAGCCGUGUGGUUUGGGUGGAUGUAGGCUGUGUCAUAUUCACUGGAUGAACUUGGGGUAGAUAAAGCUGAGGUGAGAAACGCCUGUAGGUGUUUUAUCACCUCACACAUGAAUAACGGACUUGCACAUUUUUAAAUAAUGGGGUUGAUAUUAAACAGCUUUUUUCCAA